AUGAAGCUGUGCAUCGUUGCCGUUCUUGCUUGCGUGGCCACAGCGGCCACGAUACCUGCCGAUUCCGAACACGUGAGACAGAAAAGGGUGAUCGGCCUUGGACUGGCAGGACUGGGUGCCGCGGGACUGGGAGCAGCAGGAUUAGGGGCGAUUGGCUUGGGCGCCGCUGGACUGGGAGUCGCGGGAAUAGGGGCGGCCGGUUUGGGUGCCGGGCUAGUGGGUGCUGGAAUUGGGGCUAAGUUCGCCAGGGGAUAUGGUGGUUAUGGUGGGUACGGGGGAUACGGAGGAUACAGAGGAUACGGAGGAUACGGAGGAUAUGGUGGAUAUGGGUAA